AUGAUUGCUCCUAUUCCACCACCUCCAAGUAAUACAUAUGUUAUUUACAAAGUAGGAACAGGAACAUGGAUUGCAGGAAUUAUUGUUUGUUUGGCAGGAUUUAGUUCUGGAUGUUGCCUUAUUCCCUGUGUUAUGAAUGAUUGCAAGGAUGCAAUUCACUAAUGCCCUGCUUGUGGGAAUAAUUUAGGAAAAAAAAGAUUUUUGUUAGAUUGA